AGUGACAGCAACAGCGAGAAACGAGAAACAGGUUAGGAAGAAGACGACCGAAAGCGUUCUUCUGGCUCCGUGAAUCGUUCUGGUUUUUAUUUAAAUCAGUUUCGUUUCGCUGUUUUUUGUUUUUGUUUGUUUUUUUUUCCCUGCAAGUUUUCUAAGUGGGGACGAGACACCAGCAGUUUCCCAUAGAGACCCUGGGAGUAGACGGGAAGUAGGAUCCUUCUUUUUACUCUGUGCCGAAAAACAUUUCAGCCAGCUCCUUGCCAUGUCCGUUCCUGGUUACCCAGCCUCUCACAACCAGGGACCCUACCCCAUGCCUCAGAAAGGCGGCCAACCUGUAGCCCCUUAUCCAGUUCCUCCGGGGGGUUAUGGAGACCCGAGUCCAGCUCCUCCAGCUGGCUUCAACAUGGGCUACAAUCCAGGCCAACCUCCAGUCAUGUAUCAGCCAGGACCAGUAGGCCCAGCUCCGGGGCCGGAGUAUGGUGUCCCUCCAGGAGCAAUCUCCCCGGCCCCAGUCGGGGUUCCAGCUGCGGCCCCUGUUGGGGUCCCGCCAGGGCUUGAGUACCUCACACAGAUUGACCAGAUCCUGAUUCACCAAAAAGUGGAACUCCUAGAAGCAUUCAUCGGGUUUGAGACCAACAACCAGUAUGAGAUAAAGAACAGUCUGGGCCAAAAGAUCUACAAGGCCAAAGAGAAGAACGACUGCUGCACCAGGAACUGCUGUGGCUCACUGCGCAGCUUCGACAUGAAGAUCAAGGACAACAUGGACAGAGAGGUUAUCCGCCUCAUACGGCCUUUCCGCUGCGUCUCCUGCUGGUGUCCCUGCUGCUUGCAAGAGAUGGAGGUCCAGGCACCGCCCGGCACCACCAUAGGCUACAUCAAACAGGACUGGCACCCUUUCAUGCCGCGGUUUUCCAUCCAGGGAGCAAACAGGGAGACCGUGCUGAAACUGGAAGGGCCCUGCUUUGCCUGCAACUGCUGUGGGGACGUCAACUUUGAGCUGAAGGGGAAAGAUACUAACCAGCCCAUCGGUCGCAUCAGCAAGCAGUGGAGCGGUCUUCUGAAAGAGGUCUUCACUGACACGGACAACUUUGGCAUCCAGUUCCCACUGGACAUGGAUGUGAAGAUGAAAGCUGUGCUCAUGGGAGCCUGCUUCCUCAUUGAUUUCAUGUUCUUCGAGAAGGUUGGGGAGGCCAACCAGCGCAGCACCGUGUUUUCAUAACAGAGAAAAAAAUGGAGCUGAAAACAACAGCAUGGGAGCAAAGACUUUCUUAGUUAUGUGUACUCUGUCCAAUUUCUUUGUUUUUUUUCUUAAAUUCUUCACUCACUGGACUCCAGCUAUUACGGUGCCAGCCCCAGGAUCCUUUUAUACACACAUUUGGACCCAAAUGAGCUAAUGAACUCUUGAUUUUGGAUGCCGGCCAAGGAUUUUUUUCCAAUUUCAGUGACUGACACUGGCUGCCACGUUGCCAUUAUUACUUACAAUCAAUAAAGUCUGUAGACAAUUGAUUUAUUUUAGGUGAGUAGCCAGAACUGAGACUUAAUUCCUGCCAAAGAAAAUCAACCAACUCCUCAAUAUCUUUUUCAGUGCCUACAGCAAUAAAAUAAGAGUGGAUAACAACAUACAUAUUUCAAUUUGCUUUAUGCUACUUUUGCCUUGACAUUUAUGUUUUAGGUUUAUCGGAUAUUAUUACACUUGUACUCAUCCUUAUUGAAGAGACUACCUUAGAUUAAGUAUAAGUGCAAUACUUUUGUGGAUGUAGAAGCUAUAUUCAUUGCCUUGGUUUUUAGCCAUGCUAGUGGCUAGCCAAUGUCUUUGCCGAUCUGUCAGGCCACAACUUUGGUCUAGACUGAAAUAUUUUAACAACUAUUGGAUGGAUCGUAAUGAAAUUUCGCACAGACUUUCAACAUCCCCAGUGGACAAAUCCUACUUACUUUAGUCAUCCCUUCACUUUUCAUCUAGCACCAUCUUCAGGUCAAAAGUUUAAUUUGCCUAGUACUUGGGUUUAUGACCAAAUACCUGAAAAACUGAUGACAUUCCAUUCAGCCUCAGUUGUACUUUAUGUUAAGUGAUAACCAGCAAAUGUAAGUGUGUGAACAAGCUAAACUAAGAUGGUGAACACUGUAAAUAUUGCACCUACUAAACACCAGCAUGUUAGCAUGCUAAUAUUAGCAUUUAGCUCAAAGCAAUACUGUGCCCAAGUGCAGCCUCAUAGAGCCAUCAGCAUGGCUGACUUUUAUUCUUGUUAUAAAUUAACAAAAAAAAAAAUAGAAUAAUAAAAAAAAAUAUAAAAUAUAGAAUAUAGAAAAACCUGAGCAUUAGCCACAGUAAACAGGCUGUUGUUAUUUAGCUUAUAUAGUGAAGGGAUGGUUGUGACAUUGAGAGGAAUGGGAGGAUGUUUAAUAUCUUGUAGUGAAAGUUGUGAACAUAAAAGUUGAUACAUGCUGACAGUAUUUACCAAAGUGCCCUUUCUCUUCCUCAAAGCCCUAUGUGGCUUCAAGCCUAGUGCAUGUGCAGUGUAAAUGCUCUCACACCUCUCCUGUGUUUUAGUUGUGGCCAUGGAGACUGACGCCAAAGCCGAACCUCCCUGUCCAAUUUCUCUAGAUACCACUGUGUUGAACUGGAGCCAGGUUAAACAUAUAGGCAAGAGACAAUGUGGGUAAAGGUUAAAUGGAAAGAAAUUUUGAGUAAAAGAGAAAUAGGAAGUAAAUAGAAAGCAGUUAUUGAGGUUAGUGAAUAUUAAUAUGACGUGGGAAAACCACACGAGUGUGUAGUGUGUGAAGUAGUUUUUUUGCAGUAAGCGACCUGAAUGUAAACCUGUGAUAUUUGGUAUGUUUUCAGCUCAUUUGCUGUGCUUUUGUGCUCUAGACUUAUUGUAAAAUGGCAGGUUAAAGUUUGCAAAUGUUGCUUGUUCUGAAUUUAAUAAUCCUCCUCAUUUUUAUCAGUCUCAUGUAAAUAACAUUGUGUAUCUAUUAUGACACUUGAUUGUCACUAUUACUCUCAAAUCCACUUGUGUGUCAUUGCGUGUGUGUGUUUGUGUAUGUAUGUAUAUUUAUAUAUAUUCACACACACACACACACACACACACACACACACACACACACACACACACACACAUAUAUAUAUAUAUCAAAUAUGCUAAAGGACGUACAAUACAUUUAAUGCAGUUUUUUGUUCAUUGACUCAUGUUAAUCUGCAAAUCUUGCUUUUUUGCACCAGUUAUAUCUGCAGCCAGAAUUAGCAAUACACAUGUUUCCUGUGUUUCUCUCAAAACUCUUUUGUACCAUUUUCCUGUAACUCUUGUGUCUUGUGAUUGUUAAAUAUUUUUUAUUUUUUAUUUUUUUUUACAGAAACAAAAAACACCCUGUGAUUCAGAAAUAAAACAA